CCCAGGAUGGCCUAUUUAAGCAACUCCCUUCAAAGGUGCCACACUCUCAAUUAAUUCAUUCAGAGGUGUUAAACCUAUCCAGUCUCACACUAUCAGAAAGCACUAAGUGAGUAACAAUGUCAAGCAGCAAAGUGAGUCUCUUGCCAGCACUGUGCUUCCUCAUUAUUCUCACCACCUAUAUCAACAGCACAGAGUCAGCCAGCUGCUGCAUGAGAUACGCCAAACGUCCGCUACGCUGCAAACAGCUUCUGGGCUACACCAUCCAGAACAUUACUGGCUCCUGUGACAUCCAUGCCAUCAUUUUCCACCUUCCAGGCAGGUAUGUGUGUGCCGACCCUUCAAAGGGCUGGACCCAGAGAGGAAUGAAGUGUUUGGAUGAGAGACGGAGGAUGGCUGAAAAGGUCCUUGAAGGGAAAAGCAUGACUACUGAUCUGCAGACUAAAGCGUAAUCUGCCAGAGAAGACCAAAGAAGUGAAAUUCUGUUUUUCAGUUUUAAAUAACUGUAAGAGGGAUCUUUUUUUUUCUUGUAUCUGUUUUAUGAACAGGAAAGUGUAGUAUUCUCAAUACUCAAUAAGCUGUAGCUGUAAGUACAGUACUUAAAAAAAUGCUGAAUAAUUCAGAAAGUUUAAUCAUUUUUACUGCUUGUGUUCACCGGCUCUGGCAUUUUAACUGCUCAGAGAGAUGAAUAAAAUCAUAUAAUGAAAUGUAUGAAACAUUGUUUUCGAAAGGUAGAAAGUUAGAUUGUACCUGAUAUUUGUCAGAUACUUUAAUAAAAAUGUAUUUAUUGUAAUAAUAAGCUAACUAGAAAAAUCACACAUUGUGCAUUAGUAUGAAAUAUGUAUUUAUCAACCAGCAAAAAAGUAAAAUAUAAAAUCACAUGUGAUGUAUAAAAAACAACAUAAAACUAUGUUUUAUUGAGUUUUAAAAAUUUCUUACUGCUCCCCAUCUCCCCUGAAGAAAAGCUGAUGAUAAGCAAUAUAAUAAACUUUUUUUCUUUUA